CCCUCGCCCCCACCCCUCGCCCGCGCCCCGCCGCGGAGCCGCCUCCCCUUUUCCCCCUCCUCCACCCGCCCACCCUGCCCCGGCUCGCCCACCAGCACCGCCGCCCGCCCGGCCGGCCGGACAGACAGACAGACGUCGCUGCGCCGCCGCCCGGCUGCCCCUGCUCCCCCUCCCCCGCGCGCGGCCGCCGCGGCCCGGCCAGGUUGUUACUGGCAGAAGCACCACUGAAAUCUGAACCCUGGAACUUGCUUUCAAGAGCUUGAAACAAAGGACUUCUUUCUAAUUUGGGCAUGGCUAAUCGAGGAGCAACAAGACCCAAUGGGCCAAAUGCUGGAAAUAAAAUUUGCCAGUUCAAGCUAGUACUAUUAGGAGAGUCUGCAGUUGGCAAAUCAAGUUUGGUGCUUCGUUUUGUAAAAGGACAAUUUCAUGAGUUUCAAGAAAGUACGAUUGGAGCUGCUUUUCUAACCCAGACUGUGUGUCUUGACGAUACAACAGUAAAAUUUGAAAUUUGGGAUACAGCUGGGCAAGAGCGGUACCACAGUUUAGCACCCAUGUACUACAGAGGAGCACAAGCAGCUAUAGUGGUAUACGACAUUACAAAUGAGGAGUCCUUUGCCAGAGCGAAAAACUGGGUCAAAGAACUUCAGCGACAAGCAAGUCCUAACAUUGUAAUAGCUUUAGCAGGAAACAAAGCUGAUCUAGCUAACAAGAGAGCUGUGGAUUUUCAGGAAGCACAGGCUUAUGCAGAUGAUAACAGCUUAUUGUUCAUGGAGACAUCUGCCAAAACAUCUAUGAACGUAAAUGAAAUAUUCAUGGCAAUUGCAAAAAAAUUGCCCAAGAAUGAACCGCAGAAUGCAGGAGCCAACUCUGCCAGAGGAAGAGGAGUAGACCUUACUGAACCCACACAACCACCCAAGAGUCAAUGCUGUAGUAACUAAAACAUCAGUUGCUUUAAACUGUUCUGAAUAUUCUUCUGCUUCCUAACUGUUAAUAACCAUGGAAUCGGAGUGCUUAACCUGGCCCAGUACAGCUUCCAAACAGCGAAGAGACUUUACGAUAAUUAUCAAUUUCAUGAUACCGAGUUUUCUCUUGACCUAAAAUUUUAACAUGCAUGUAUCUGCCGCUGGCUGUAAUGUUUCAGCAGUAGAGGAGAAAUGGAAGCGGAAUAAACUUCCUUCAGUUGAAAGGUUCUAAAAAUCACUUACUACUAGGGGUGUAGAAGAACUGCUUUCCGUGGACCUAAUUGGCCAGUUCCUGUAGCCUCAAUACUGAUCACUGUUACAAUAAAUAGAAUUGGGACUUCUCAUAAUCCUCAAUUGUGCUUUAAAACCUUUCUAGAAACAGGAUCUAAAAAAUACUUAAACUUAUUCACAGUAUUGACGCAACCAGUUGUUUCUGCAGGUAUCCACUGUUUAGUUAUACAUUCCAUAGUUUAAUAAUUUGAUUAAAAACAAUACUUGCAUUAACAAUUUUAAAACCUUGUGCUUGCAGAAAAGUGGAGUUUUAGUUGGUACACUGUAUGUAAAUUAUAUCAACCAAGUUAGUUAUCUAAGGGAAUUAGUGAUAAAUCAAAUUUAACUUUUAUUUCUAAUCUGGUCAGAGGGUACAGACCAGUAAACUUAACUUUAUGACUUAGGAUGGUUUUGGUUUUUUCUCUACAAACUGUAAGAGCUCUUCAAGUAAAACUACAUCAAACUCAA